AAACUCAGACAGAGAGACAAAAGCUUGAAUCGAUAUUCUGAAAUUGUCGAGAUUCAGGAGAUACAAAAACCAAGAUGUUUAAAAAGUGUAUCAAAGUUGAUUUAAAGGGCAUCGCUGAGCUGCCCAAUCCUUCCAUGAACUCGGCUGAAGACUGCAUGGUCAGAGGACAAAAACGGAAGGUCUCGGACGAUGACGAGGGCUGUUUUAGACCAGCAAAGGAAAUUAAACUUUUUCACCACGUGCUCAAUGAUGAGGAGCAAGCAUCGUCCUCCGUGGAAAAAAGUAAAGAUCCAAAACCCAAGAGGUUUGUAAAGCAGCUCAAAUUUGAAGUAAGGAGCGUCGUUCAGUUGCGUGAUCCUUCCAUGAACUGGGUUGAAGACGCAUGCAUGGUCAGAGGACAAAAAAGGAAGGUCUCGGACGAUGAAGAGGACUGUCUUAGACCAGCAAAGAAAAUGAAACUUUUUGACCACGUGCUCAAUGAUGAGGAGCACGUUGAGGAGGAAGAUAAGUGCAUGUUUUCCACUGAAAUUUCAGAGAGCUCCACUGAUUCAAAAGAAAAGGUGUGCAAGAGGAAAGCCACAGGUGAUGGAAAAGCAUCACCAGCAAAGAAACAGAAGAGCCUGGACCAGGAGGAGAGCAAAUGCAGCGCCGAAGAAUUAGAGGCUGCAAAAAUCUGUGAAUUUAAAGCCAAGUACGUGGAGCUGCACAAGCUUGGAAAAGGAGGGUGUGGAACAGUGUUUGCCGGCUACAGGAAAGAAGACAAUUUUCCAGUCGCUAUCAAACACAUUCCAGAGAUGAAUGUCCCCUGCAAAGUAAAGGCUGAGAACGGGAAGCAAAUCCCCAUGGAAGUGGCUGCUAUGCUCAAACUUGCAGCUGGAACACCAGGAUCAUCAGCUACCGUGUCCUUGCUGGACUGGUUCGAUUUGCGCAAGGAGCUGAUCCUGGUGAUGGAGAGACCUGUCCCUGCUGUGGACUUAGAUAAAUACAUAGAGGAAUAUGCAGAUACUAUAACAGAGGAGACAGCCAAGGUCAUUCUAAAACAACUGAUUGAGGCGGCAAAAGAACUCGAGGAUAAAAACGUCUUUCACCGGGACAUCAAGACUGACAACAUUCUGAUUGAGACCGGCUCCGAUGUGCCUCGUGUUCGCCUCAUUGACUUUGGAGUGAGCUGCUUUUGUAAUGAACGCUCACGGUACACCGUUUUUUUCUGGUAAGAUAUUUUGUUCCUGCUCUUCACAGAUGCACCAAUCUGGGCCUUUUUGUUUUUCACUCCUUAAAAAUGCAUAUAAUGCCAACAUACUGUAAGCUUUCAUUCUUAUAUCAGAACAAGAGUUGAAAUAAGGGCCAACCUAACAAAAGAAAUUGUAAUUGUGUAUGUUUUUAGGCACACCUGCUUACUCCCCUCCAGAGUGGAUGAUCCACGAGUACUAUAGGCCUGGACCCACCACAGUGUGGCAGCUGGGAGCCGUGUUGUAUAGAACAGUCCAUGCAGGAGCCUUCUUUGAUAUACUAUAUGUCCUUGAAGGGAGCUUAGAAAUUAGCGAGAGGCUGUCUGAAAGUAAGAAAAGUUCACACUUCAACAUUCACUUUUCACUUGGAUCACUGGAACUGUUGUCUUCAUCUCUCUCUUCUUCUUUCAUUGCAGACUGCCAGGAUUUCUUGAAAAUGUGUUUCAACCUGGACCCCAAAAGACGGCCGAAACUGAAGGACCUCCUGCGUCAUCGAUGGUUCAGAUGAACUGUCACACACACACUCACACACAAAAUGCUUUUAACAGAAAAAAGAUUGAUGCUAUUUAAUUGGACUAUUCUAAAUUUCACUCACAUUGCCCAGUAGCAGUGAAAAGUUGAAACUUUUGACUGCUACUUUACAUCAAUCUUUAUUUUCCGUCCUGGAACUCCCCAGCCAUCCAGGGAAAGGGGGAUCUCUCUUUGAAUUGCCUUUCCCUUCUUCCUAUCAGUCAGGGGAGUUUUUCCUCGUCUUCAGAGAGAGCUUGGGCUUUGUCAGGAGAUCCAUCAAGUUAUUCUACUGAUUAAUAAUGUUAUUUGAUUAUUAAUAACCAGAAAUCAGAAUACUUGUUAUAAACUUAAAUAAAAAAAAUUGAUCUCA